ACUCUCAACUCAUUCAUCACGGUAGUAUCUCUUGGGGCGUGCCCAUGGUCAAAGGGGAAGAUUGAUAAUCCACGCCCUGCGUCACCCAUGACGAGUGUGCUCCCCGCUAGCAAAACCAUAUUUAUAUGAACUCAACCUCGGCCAUCACAAACUCGCAAAGUCAGUCGCACACUCGCAAUCUCGCAAACAAGCUCAUGGCCACCUCGGCGAUCACAUCCCCAGCGGCGCCGGCAGCGACGCUGCCACUGGCCGGCCGCGUGGCCAUCGUCACCGGCGCGUCGCGCGGCAUCGGCCGCGGCAUCGCGACCCACCUGUCGUCCCUCGGGGCCAGCCUGGUCCUCGGGUACGCCUCCAGCUCUCAGCAGGCGGACGCGCUGGCCGCUGAGCUCCCGCGCGCCGUGGCGGUCAAAGCCGACGUUUCCGACGAGGCGGGCGUCCGGUCCCUCUUUGACGCGGCGGAGUCCGCCUUCGGCGGCGCGGCGCACAUCCUGGUGGCCUGCGCGGGCCUGGGCAUCGGGACCUACCCGUCGCUCGCCAACACCUCCACGGCGGACUUCGACAACGUGUUCGCGGUGAACACCCGGGGCGCGUUUCUGUGCCUCCGUGAGGCGGCAAACCGGCUGCGGCGCGGCGGCGGGGGCCGGAUCGUGGCCGUGUCCUCGACGCUGGCGGCGACGCUGCUCCCUGGCUACGCGGCGUACGCGGCGUCCAAGGCGGCCGUGGAAGCGAUGGUGCGGGUGGCCGCGAAGGAGCUCGGGUCGGCGCGGGUGACAGUGAACUGCGUGGCGCCGGGGCCCGUGGCGACGGAGCUCUUCUUCGACGGGAAGAGCGAGGAGGCGGUGGAGAGGUUCAGGGCCGGGCACCCGAUGGGGCGGCUUGGGGAGGUGGGCGACAUCGCGCCGGCGGUCGGGUUCCUCUGCACGGACGCGGCCGAGUGGGUGAACGGCCAGGUCAUUCGGGUCAACGGCGGCAUUGCUUAGCGUGGUGUCUCUGUUUCUCCCUUUCAAACGGAUGCCUCCGUUUUUUAAAAUUGCUGUGCGCGUUUGUGUGUGGCUGGGUUUUUUGUUGGAAGGAUUGUGGUUGCAUGCAUCUUUUUUAUGAAAGAAGUUGCACGUAUGUGCGUGUUGUAUCA